AUGAAUUUAUCAUCUGAAACGCAGUAUUUUUUUGAUUUGACUGAUAAGCAAUGGUGGAUUUUAAGUCCUUCAGACGAGGAAUGGGAAGAACUAUCAAACGAAGAAGCUUAUAAACUUGGACUUUUUAAAGCUGUUUUUUCUCAAAAUUGUAACUUUAUUGAUACUGAUAUUAAUCAAUAUGAUUCCGCUACUUCUGAACUUAUUAAGACUUUAGAUACUAAAUUUUCAUUCCACAGUAAUGAAGUAACUAAAACUUCAUUAAACAGUACUGAAGGUACUAAAUUUUCAUUAGAUAGUAUUGAAGGUACUAAAUUAGUUGAAAAUAAAUUAAAUGUUCAAGUUCCCAAAGUCUUAACAAAAGACUUUUCAAAUCUUGAAACACAAAAUCUAAAACAUAACUUCAAAAAUGUAAAAUACUCCGAUCCAAAAUAUUCGGAAGUAAAGAGUUCUGAGGUAAAUUCGGAAGAAAAAAAUAUGGAAGUAAAUCCUGAAGUAAAUCCGGAAGUAAAUAUGGAAGGACUAACUGGUUCUAAAAUAUUAAAUCAAAUAAAUAAUUUAAUAGCAAGUACAUCAGAAAUGAAGCAGAAAUGUGAAGCAAGAGAAAUGAGUGGGAAAAGUACUCCUAAUUUAAGGAGCACAGCAAGGCAUUUGACAUACGUAAAUAAUGGAGGAUUAGCUGGUUGUCUUAAGACUGUUGCAGAAGAGAGGAAGAAAAUAGUCCAAUCAAAGAAAAAUACAAAAGCACAGAAUCCUCAACUUCAAGAGAUGAUUCAGAGAGCAAAAGCAAUGGCUGUGAAGUCAAUGGAUGAUGCAAAAGAUUCUGAAGCUAAAUCAGAUAAAAAUCAACAACAAAAAACACAAGUCAGAAGUAGAGCCAAAAAAUAUACAACAGUCUUUGGAACAAAUGCUAUGAAAGAUUUAAGUCAGAAAUUACCAGAUGUUACAUUUGAAGGUUCAUCAGAAGAAGAAUCAGAUGUAUAA